CAUGCUCGAGGUGGAAACCCGAUUCCUUUUUGGCGGGUUGUUUGUAAUGAAGGUUUGGACUUCUUUCUAAACCACAAUGACAGACAGAACAGCGCCUAGAUCCCAGCUACGGUUAGAAUGGGUCUACGGCUACCGUGRACAUCAAUGUAGGAACAAUCUGUACUACACAUCCAACAGCGAGAUUGUGUAUUUUGUUGCGGGGGUUGGAGUAGUGUACAACACGAGAGAGAAUACUCAAAGGUUUUUCCUUGGCCAUAACGACGAUAUCAUAAGUCUUGCACUCCACCCAGAGAAGAUUUUUGUAGCAACUGGUCAAGUUGGUAAAGAGCCAUACAUAUGUGUAUGGGAUUCUAGGACCACAGAAACUGUCUCAAUCUUAAAAGAUGCACAUCAGAGGGGAGUUACGUGUUUGGCUUUUAAUAAUGCUGGAAAUCAACUUGUAUCAGUUGGUCUUGAGGACUAUCAUAUGGUUGUUGUAUGGGACUGGAAAAAGGGAAAGAUCUUGGCAUCCACCAGAGGUCACACUGAUAGGAUAUUUGACAUCCAGUUCAAUCUUUACAAUGACAGUUCAAUUGUAAGCUGUGGAGUAAAGCACAUAAAGUUCUGGACAAUGCUUGGAAAUGCCUUGAACCCAAAGAAAGGUAUCUUUGGCAAGGCUGGAGAAAUCCAAACUAACUUGUGUCUUGCAUUUGGUCCUAAUGAUGUCACAUAUUCUGGUACCUUGAGUGGUGAAAUCUAUAAAUGGAAAGGACAAAACUUGGCUGGUUCAAUACCAAGUGCACACACGGGAGCUGUGUUUUCUAUCUAUGGAGGAUCUGAUGGGUAUGCAACUGGAUCUAAAGAUGGGUCAUUCAUUCUGUGGGACUCUGACUUCAAACCAAUUGCUAAGAUUGACAUGGUUAAUACUCUUGUGGGAUAUGAAGGCCUGUGCGUUAGAAGUGUUUGUUGGCAGGAGGAUAAGAUCCUGGUUGGAACUAAUGCUGGUGAAGUAUUUGAAGUUAUUGCAUCAAAUAAAGACAAACCAAGAACUAUUGUUCAGGGCCAUGCUGAAGGAGAACUAUGGGCUCUUGCAGUCCAUCCAAAGAAGGGUAUCUUUGCAACAGGAAGUGAUGACAAAAGUGUUAGAUUGUGGAGUAUGGCUGAUAAGAGUUUACUUGCAAGGACUGACCUGGAUCAGAAGAUAAGGUCUGUUAGCUUUAGUGCAGAUUCUUCACAUCUUGCUGUUGGUUUGGGAGAUGGCUCAUUUCGUGUACUCAAAGCAAGAGAUCUUUCCGAGAUUACUCAUAUCAGAGAUCGUCGAGAAGUCAUCCAUGAGAUGAAGUACUCCCCUGAUGGUCAAUACCUGGCAGUUGGAUCCAAUGAUAAUUUUGUAGACAUCUAUGCAGUAGCUCAGAAGUACAAGAAGGUCGGAGAAUGUAAAGGGAGCUCUAGCUUUAUAACUCAUUUGGACUGGUCUGAAGAUAGCAAGUACUUGCAGACCAAUUCUGGUGCUGCUGAACGACUCUUCUAUCGUAUGCCAAAUGGUAAACGCAUUACGAAUAAAGAUGAGAUCAAGACAAUCCACUGGGCCUCAUGGACAUGUGUACUUGGCACAGAGGUUAACGGUAUCUGGGGUAAAUAUACCGACACCAAUGACGUUAACGCCACUGAUGCAGCCUUCAAUCACAAUGUCUUGGUAACGGGGGAUGAUUUUGGUCUUGUUAAACUCUUCAACUUUCCCUCAGUUAGAAAAGGUGCUAAAUUCCGUAAGUACGUUGGACAUUCAGCGCACGUGACCAAUGUUCGUUUCUCCUAUGAUUUUCAUCGUGUUAUCAGUGUGGGUGGAGGUGAUCAUUCAGUUUUCCAGUGGCGAUUCCUUCCAGAGGGUGUUACAGGGGAUGAUGAAGACCUUCCUGAGCCGGUUUCUGGUUAUCUAGAGUCUGAUAGCGAAGACAGUGAUUCAGAAGCUUCUGAUAUUGGGGAACUUGACAGCGAUGUAGAGAAUGAAAAACAAAUUGAUUACACUCGAACCAUCUACAAGGAAGACCUACCGGCCUUAAAAAGAGAAUUGUCAAAGAAAAGAAAGAGUAGGAUUGAACCCGAGGAUAAUAAUCCCCGCCAGAAACCACCCAAUGAAGGACUGACAUUGGAUUUCGUCUUUGGAUAUCGUGGUUAUGAUUGUCGCAAUAACGUGUUCUACACCCAGACUGGCGAGAUCGUGUAUCAUGUGGCAGCUCUCGGUAUCGUUUACAGUCGCGACAAACACAAACAGCGAUUCUAUACUGGACAUACUGAUGAUGUCUUGUGCCUGGCUAUUCAUCCGGCAAAGGAUUUCAUAGCAACUGGACAGGUUGGUCGGGAUCCAGCUAUUCACGUAUGGGAUGCAGAAAAAAUGGAAACACUCUCCAUCCUCAAAGGACAACACUCAAGGGGUGUCUGUGCCGUAGACUUCUCAGGUGACGGUCGAAAACUAGCUAGUGUUGGCUUGGAUGAUAAUCAUGUCAUUGUUGUUUGGGAUUGGAAAAAGGGAGAAAAGUUAGCAACCACGAGAGGCCACAAAGACAAAAUAUUUGUCAUCAAAUGGAAUCCAAUAAACAACGAACAACUUGUCACCGCAGGCGUCAAGCACAUCAAAUUCUGGACUCAAACAGGUGGUGGUUUUACAUCUAAGCGAGGAACUUUUGGUCAUGCAGGAAAACACGACUCAAUGAUGUGUGUUACGUACAGUAAAAACCCUGAGGUGGUGUUCUCUGGAGGAGCGCUGGGUAAGGUGUAUAUCUGGCAAGGUAACGCAUUACAGGGAUCAAUCCAGGCUCACGAAGGACCAGUGUUUGCUAUUCAGACGCUGGAAAAGGGAUUUGUAACCGGAGGUAAAGAUGGCAAUGUAUGUCUUUGGGACGAUAAUUUCAGUCGAUGUCUAAAGCAAUAUAAAGUGUCUCGCACGGGUCUUGCCCCCGGACAACCUGGAACCCUUAUCGCUGAUGUGCCGCCAAUACGGGCCAUUACACUGGGCCAGGGUCGYAUCUUGGUUGGAACUAAAAACAGCGAGAUUUUGGAGAUCGACAAAGCAGGACCUAUCCACAUUAUCCUUCAAGGUCAUUUAGAGGGGGAACUUUGGGGUUUGGCUAAUCACCCUACAGAUGAUGUUAGUGCUACGGUAAGUGAUGACUGCACCGUGAGGGUGUGGGAUAUGGCCAAUUACCGUCUACUGAAUGUACGUAAGUUCAAACAGCCAGCAAGAAGUGUGACGUUCUCUCCAGAUGGGCGAGCCCUUGCUGUGGGAAUGAAAGACGGAAGCUUUAAGGUGUUGGAUUCAUCUACUCUGGAGGAUAUCGUCGAAUUUCACCACAGAAAAGAGGAAAUAUCUGAUCUUAAAUUUUCACCAGGUCAAGGCAAAUACCUAGCUGUAGCCUCUCAUGACAACUUCGUCGAUAUUUACAAUGUCAUGAAUAGUAAACGAGUGGGGAUCUGCAAAGGAAGUUCUAGUUACGUGACCCACGUCGACUGGGAUGAUAAAGGAAAAUUAUUACAAACAAACUCUGGAGCAAAAGAGCGUCUGUUCUUUGAGGCGCCUCGUGGCAACAGACAAGCAAUAGUGUCAACAGAAUUACAAAAGAUUGAUUGGUUCACAUGGACUGGGGUACUGGGUGAUAGUUGUGCAGGAAUAUGGCCCCCUCACUCUGACAUUACCGAUGUCAAUGCUACUGAUAGAUCCAAAGACAACAAACUACUGGCUACUGGAGAUGACUUUGGUUAUGUGAAAGUCUUUGAAUACCCUGUUAAGGGAAAAAAUGCCAAGUUCAAGAAGUACGUCGGUCAUUCUGCGCAUGUCACAAAUGUUCGCUGGAGCCAUGAUGACUGCCGUUUGGUAUCUGCUGGUGGUGCUGAUACCGCAGUUAUGGUUUGGUCACGUGGCCGUCCUGCAGACCGAGAGGAGACUGGAGGUGACAGUGAAGAUUCAGACACAGAUUCUGAAGAAGAAGGUGGAUAUGACAGCGAUGUUGAACGAGAGAAGAAUAUGAAUUAUGCAGAUAAAAUCUAUUCAAAUCCACUGCGAACAACUAAGGGUGUUAAACCUCAUUUGAGGGAAGGUGCUGGAGUUGAAGAACACAGACCAGCGGUAAGCCGUGGUUCAACUGCUCCUCCUAAAGUAAGACACAUGGAAAGACAAAAAGAGCAGACCAGAAAACGAAGGCAACACCCAAUACAGGACCUUWCUCUUGAGUUCGUCCAUGGCUACCGUGGUUUUGACACCAGAGAUAACCUACAUUACUUACCGGAUGGAGAUAUCGUUUAUCACGCGGCUGGAGCAUGUAUCGUAUUAAGUACUGCUAACGGUGUACAGUCAUUCUACCUUGAGCACACUGAUGACAUUAUAUGCCUGUCUGUCAAUCAGCAUCCCAAAUACAAGAAUGUGGUUGCCACGGGUCAAAUAGGUAACGACCCCUGCGUUCACGUGUGGGAUGCUGAAACCAAAGACACCCUGUCAAUCAUUCAAGGCUUCCAUGGUGUUGGUGUCUGUGCAGUGGACUUCAGCUGUAAUGGUAAACUUCUGCUAACGGUUGGUCUCGAAGAUUCUCAUGGCGUGGCUAUCUGGAAAUGGACUGACGGCAGUAAACUUGCUAGUGCAGAAGGCCACACAAUGCGUAUUUUUGUGGCUCAGUUUCGGCCUGAUUCGGACAGUCAUUUUGUGACGUGUGGUGUAAAGCACGUCAAGUUUUGGACGUUGACUGGAGGGCAGCUAAUUGGAAAGCGAGGUAUCAUUACGUCAGUGCAGAGUGGUUCAAUUGAAGAACAAGCGAAGAUGCAAACAAUGCUGUCAGUUGCUUUUGGCGCGGACGACCUGACGUUCACUGGUGCUAUGAAUGGAGAUGUUUACGUCUGGUCAGGACACAAGCUUGCUCGUGUAGUCAGUAAAGCGCACAAUGGUCCCGUGUUCACUAUGUACACAACACUCAAAGAUGGACUUAUUGUUACUGGUGGCAAGGAGAAAAAAAAUAAAGAUAAUGGAGCUCCCAUCAAGCUUUGGGACCAGGAGAUGAAGCGAUGCAAGCCAUUCACUUUAGGGAAUAUUUCGGGCUAUAAUGUUGUCAAGUCCGUUUGUAGAGCAAAGGGUAAAAUCUUAGUAGGCACAAAAGACAGUGAAGUUAUAGAAGUUACUGAGAAGACAACAUCUGCUCAGAUCCUUAUCCGUGGGCAUGGAGAAGGAGAGAUCUGGGGUCUAGCAUGUCAUCCUGAAAAAGAAGUAUUCGCCACGGCUAGCGAUGACCAAACAGUCAGGCUAUGGGACAUCACGAGUAAGACCAUGGUGGCAAAGACUAACGUAGGUAUGGCUGCACGAUCCGCUGCAUUCUCUACAGAUGGUGAAAUGUUAGCUGUUGGUCUAAAGAACGGUACCUUGUUGCUGAUGAAGACUAUUGAUCUGAAGACAAUCACUCAGAGACGAGACAGAAACGGCGCUAUUUCUGAUGUCAGGUUCAGCCCUGACAACAAGUACCUUGCAGUAGGUUCGGAAGACAAGUGUGUAGAUCUGUAUGAAAUCCGCGAAGGCCAACCCCUCAAACGAGCAGGAUACUGCAAGGGAAUCCCAAGCUUUGUCACUCAAAUGGAUUUCUCAGCUGAUGGUCGCUUUAUUCAGGUUUCUACAGGUGCGUACGAACGCCUUAUAUUCUCUGUUCCUGACGGUAACCAACUGAAAGACACUAAACAAAUCAACAGGAUUACCUGGGGUACCUGGACAAGUGUACUUGGUAACGAGGUAAUCGGAGUAUGGCCUCGUAAUGCAGAAAAGGCUGAUGUCAACUGCGCAGACUUGUGCAAAGCUGGUGCGUCAUUGGCUACCGGAGAUGACUUUGGUUUUGUCAAGCUCUUUGACUUUCCAGUGACGGAAAAAUAUGCAACCCACAAGAAGUAUGUUGGUCAUUCAGCCCACGUGACUAAUGUUCGUUUUACAUGUGAUGACCGUUAUCUCAUAAGUGCUGGGGGAGAUGACUGCUGUGUCUUCGUUUGGAAGUGUAUAUGAAAACAAUUUCUCGGUAAUUCCUAGCUGGCCUGCCUGAAUCAUGUCACUAUUGAAAAUACAUUAAUUUGCGUUAUAAUUACUAGGUAGAUUCAGUUUAAUCUUUGAGUAGRACCCUAAGUAUAAGUAAAAUGAAGUCACUGAAAGGUAGGUAGAAGCCGCCCUUUUAUCAUAUAGCCAACUGAUUUGUUUGAACGGAAGCAGUUCAUUUGGCGGCAACUUCAAAGUUUUUCAGAGUUGAACCAACUUAAUAGUAUCAAUGCGCGCCGUCAGUAAAGACCACCCGAGUACAAUGUGUAUGAGAAUAGACAACACUCAAUCGACGGAGUAGGUCAGAGAGUAAGCCAGAGACUGAGCAUAUGCCAACGCAUUGCUUUUCGCUUUGUAUUUCGUGCACGCGCGCUCUGUUUUUCCAUUUAUUUCUCAGACAGAUUAGUCACCUUCAAAGUCGGGGUCAGUUCUGGAAUAAAUUCAAUUAUAAAUACUACUAUUGCUAUUUAAUGUCUGCAGUGAGACUGAAAGGAUUACGAGUCAAUAGUUUUUGGUCCUCCUUGCUAUUUAUUAUAAGAGAAUAAUAUUCUCCUAAGAUUCUCGUACCGUCGUAUUAACAUAAACUUGUUUCGGUAUAUUUAGUGUUAAUAUAACUCAUAUAUACAGUCAAUUCAAAAAAUGUUGUCGUCAACCAACUCAAGCCUACGCGACUGGACCGAAAGGAUCUCUGGGUAGCAAUCAUUGAAGCCGAGUUGACUCCAUAAUUUUAUCUGAGUAGUUUUUUGAAUUGACUGUAUGUAUUCAUGGGAUUUCAAAAGUAUAAUUCAGUAGAUCUUAUUCCAAGGGAAAGAAAGAAAUGAAAAUGAAUUGUAAAAUGUCGACCARAAUAAUGAUAUCUGUAACAUCAAGAAAA